CACAGCAAACAGGAAGACACGUGUUCAGCAGAGAGGCAGGCAACAGAACUUGAAGCUGCAGAAGAAAAAAAAAACCUUCACAUGUUCCUGCUUUAACUCCAUUUAAUCGGUACUAUUAUAGGGACCAUUUUCGAAAAUGUCUUCAUUCAGAAAAGCGCUAAAGUCUCGACAGAGAAACCACCAUGAAAGAUCCCAGCCUGUCUUUAGGAAAACUUUGGGUUUACUGGAGAAAAAGAAAGACUACAAACUCCGAGCAGAUGACUUUCACAAGAAGCAAAACACCCUCGCUGCCCUGCAAAAGAAAGCCCUGGACAAGAACCCAGAUGAGUUUUACCACAAGAUGAUCAACUCCAAGCUGGAGGAUGACGUUCACACGAUGAAGAAAGCCAACGAGGAGGUGAAAGUGACCGAGGAACAGAAGAAAGUGAUGAGGACUCAGGAUAUGAAAUAUGUGGAGAUGAAAAGGGUUGCAGAAGCCAAGAAAAUUGAGAGGCUGAAAGGAGAGCUCCAUCUUCUGGAUGCGGAAGGCAAACAGAAGAACAAACAUACCUUUUUUGUGGAUUCCAAGAAUGAAGUAAAGGASUUUGACCUUGCUUCCCACCUGAACACGGCUCCAGAGCUGGUGGACAGAGUGUACAACAGACCAACUCUGCAAACACUGCAAACCAAGAGCAUCCAGGGAGCUGUGGGGCUGCGAGAUCUGCAGAGGCUGGCCAAGCAAAGGAAACAUCAGUAUAAGAUCUUGUCGCAGAGGAUUGACAGAGAAAAGAAAAUGUUUGUCAUCAGCCAGAAAAUUCAAACCCGGAAGGAUCUACAGGACAAAAUGAAGAAAGUGAAGGUCAAAAAGGAGACAGCUACUUCUGCAGCUAUCUACAAGUUUGAGACCAAAAGGAAACGCUAAGAAAGGACUAUUUAGAAAACUGAUGGGAAAAAUAUUUCAUUUUUGUGUUUAAACCUUUGAAAAUUCUGGACUUCUUCCAUAUUAAAGUGCACCUCUUUGAUCCCUGCAGUGACAGAGGAUAUUAAAUCUUUUCCUCUAUUGUCAAAGCUGCCUUUUUGUACAUAAUAAUGGAAAACUUAGUUUCUUUCAAAUAAACAUUAAAAACUGGCAAUGA